CGCGACGGUCUAUCCUGUGAGGAAUUGUUCCGCAAUGGCGAAGGAUUGACCUACAACGACAUUAUCAUUCUGCCGGAUUACAUCGAUUUCGUGGCGGACGACGUGGAUCUGAGUUCUCCGCUAACGAAAAAAAUCGCAUUGAAAGCUCCACUGGUUUCAUCCCCAAUGGAUACCGUUACGGAAGCGGAUAUGGCCAUAGCUAUGGCACUCAGCGGUGGUAUUGGGAUUAUUCAUCACAACUGUACGGCGGAAUUUCAGGCCAACGAGGUACACAAAGUGAAAAAGUACAAACAUGGCUUCAUUCGUGAUCCCGUUGUGAUGAGCCCGGAAAAUACGGUUGCCGAUGUACUGGAAGCGAAGAAAAAGAAUGGAUUCACUGGUUAUCCCAUUACGGAACACGGUCGCCUUGGAGAGCGUUUGGUCGGAAUCGUUACCUCAAGGGAUAUCGAUUUUCGUGAGGGGGAUGUCAACUUGAAACUCCAAGAUGUAAUGACUAAAGUUGACGAUAUGAUAACUGCUCGUAGUGGAGUCACACUGCAAGAGGCAAAUCACAUUCUGGAGACAAGUAAGAAGGGAAAGCUGCCCAUCGUAAAUAAGAAUGGUGAAUUAGUCGCGUUGAUUGCAAGAACCGAUUUAAAGAAAGCGCGAAACUAUCCCAAUGCGUCUAAAGAUAGCAACAAACAAUUGCUAGUGGGCGCUGCAAUUUCCACAAGGGAAGAGGACAAAGAACGCUUGGAACUUCUAGUGCAGAAUGGAGUAGAUGUGAUUGUUUUAGAUUCUUCACAAGGCAAUUCAAUCUACCAAAUCAACAUGAUCAAAUACAUAAAGGAGAAGUAUCCGGACCUGCAGGUUAUUGCUGGAAAUGUUGUGACCAGACUGCAGGCUUUGAACUUGAUCGAAGCUGGGUGUGACGCGCUAAGAGUCGGCAUGGGAUCCGGUUCAAUCUGCAUUACACAGGAAGUGAUGGCAUGUGGAUGUCCGCAAGCAACAGCCGUUUACCAGGUUAGCAAACUGGCUCGCCAGUACGGCGUUCCGGUGAUUGCCGAUGGAGGCAUACAGUCGAUCGGUCACAUCAUGAAAGCGUUGGCCUUAGGUGCGUCAAGCGUGAUGAUGGGUUCGCUGCUCGCUGGUACCUCGGAGGCUCCCGGCGAAUAUUACUUCAGCGAAGGGGUACGUUUAAAGAAAUAUCGCGGAAUGGGCAGCCUGGAAGCAAUGGAACGGAAAGAUGCUAAAAAUGCUGCCGGCUCACGCUAUUAUCACACCGAUGUGGAUAAAUUGCGCGUUGCACAGGGCGUUAGUGGAGCUAUUGUAGACAAAGGCUCAGCACUGAGGUUUUUACCGUAUCUUCAGUGUGGUUUACAACACAGUUGUCAGGACAUCGGUACCCGGUCCAUCGCUAAUUUGAGGGAAAUGAUCUACAAUGAUGAAUUACGCUUUUCGAGACGCACCCAUUCGGCUCAAGUGGAGGGCAAUGUCCAUGGAUUAUUUUCUUAUGAAAAAAGACUGUUUUAA